CGCUCCGGCUGCCCGCUGGGACGCGCCCGCGGCUGGGGCCCGGCGGGGCAUGAGCCAGGCUGCCGGCGGGGCGCGCGGCGGGGGCGGGGCGUGCUGUGCUUUCCCAGCCCCUGGGCCAGCCGGGGGGCCGGGCUGUCUCCGGCGCGCUCCUGCCGCGGCACCGCAUGGGCAGGUGGCCCCCGCUGACCGCCGGCACCCACGGGUAUGACAGGGGCUCCCGGCGGCAGGUGAGCGCAGAGCCCCUGGGCCGGGUCCGCCACGGGUCAUGGAGCCGCAGGAGCAGGAGGGGUGCGCGGGGGCCGGCGCCUCCACCUCCCCGUCCUCCACCAGCUCGGAGAUCUCGCUGGAGCCGGAGAAGGGCCCCGCGCUGGGGCGAAGGCACAGCAACAAGAGAUUCACGGGGCUCAGGAUCUUCGGGCGCAGACUCCACCUGCCCCACAAAGGCGUCCUCCCUUUCCUCCAGGGCAGCCAACCCAGCCGUUGGGGAUCCAGGAGGAUAAAGCACAGGCCAGCAGUGUAUAAGAAAGCCAUCGCCAAGUCCGGCCUCCAGCACAUGGUAUCCCAGCCGAACCCCACACUAGCCCUGAGGAGUGAAUCAGAGAGGCAGAUCCGCAGCACUGUGGACUGGAGUGAAACUGCAAUCUACGGGGAGCACAUCUGGUUUGAGACCAGCGGCUCUGGGGAUUUCUGCUAUGUGGGGGAACAGAACUGUGUGGCCAAGAUACUGCAGAAACCUCUGACCAGACGCAAGUGUGCAGCCUGCAAAAUUGUAGUGCAUACACCCUGCAUAGAACAGCUGGAGAAAAUAAAUUUCCGCUGCAAGCCUUCCUUCAGGGAGUCGGGAUCAAGGAACGUUCGGGAGCCCAUAGUCGUCCGGCAUCACUGGGUGCACCGGAGACGCCAGGAAGGGAAGUGCCGGCAGUGCGGAAAGGGUUUCCAGCAGAAGUUUGCCUUUCACAGCAAGGAGAUUGUAGCCAUCAGCUGUUCCUGGUGUAAGCAAGCGUAUCACAGUAAGGUGUCGUGCUUCAUGCUGCAAUGCAUUGAGGAGCCGUGCUCGCUGGGGGCUCAUGCUGCUGUCGUCAUCCCGCCGACCUGGAUUCUGCGGGUCCGGCGCCCCCAGAAUACACUGAAGUCCAGUAAGAAAAAGAAGAGGACAUCGUUCAAGCGGAAAUCCAGCAAAAAGGGGGCGGAGGAGGGGCGAUGGAAACCCUUUGUCAUCAAGCCUACGCCAGCCCCACUCAUGAAGCCCCUGCUGGUGUUUGUGAACCCCAAGAGUGGUGGGAAUCAGGGAGCCAAGAUCAUCCAGUCCUUCAUGUGGUAUCUCAACCCACGACAAGUCUUUGACCUCAACCAGGGCGGCCCCAAAGAGGCGCUGGAGAUAUAUCGGAAAGUGCACAACCUGCGGAUCCUGGCGUGUGGGGGGGAUGGCACGGUGGGGUGGAUCCUCUCCAUCCUGGACCAGUUACGUCUGAAUCCCCCUCCUCCUGUAGCCAUCCUCCCUCUGGGGACAGGGAAUGACCUGGCCAGGACUCUGAACUGGGGUGGGGGUUACACAGACGAGCCCUUGUCAAAGAUCCUCUCUCACGUGGAGGAGGGAAACAUUGUGCAGCUCGACCGCUGGAAUCUCCAGGUGGAGCCAAACUCCGAGGUGAACCCUGAGGAAAAAGACGAGACGGCCACAGACAAGCUUCCCCUUGAUGUCUUCAAUAACUAUUUCAGCCUCGGCUUUGAUGCUCGCGUGACACUUGAGUUCCACGAAUCUCGAGAGGCCAAUCCAGAGAAAUUUAACAGCCGGUUUCGGAAUAAAAUGUUCUAUGCUGGGACGGCGUUUUCCGACUUUCUCACGGGCAGCUCCAAAGACUUAGCGAAGCACGUCAAAGUGGUGUGCGACGGGACAGACCUGACCCCCAAGAUUCAGGACCUGAAGCCCCAGUGCCUUGUCUUUCUGAACAUUCCAAGGUACUGCGCGGGCACCAUGCCCUGGGGCAACCCUGGGGAGCACCAUGACUUCGAGCCCCAGCGCCACGACGACGGCUGCAUUGAGGUCAUCGGCUUCACCAUGACAUCCCUGGCUGCCUUGCAGGUGGGUGGACAUGGAGAGCGGCUGCACCAGUGCCGGGAGGUGAUGCUCACCACAUCCAAGGCCAUUCCUAUGCAGGUGGACGGGGAGCCAUGCAAGCUGGCAGCCUCCUGUAUUCACAUCUCCCUGCGCAACCAGGCCAAUAUGGUGCAGAAGACCAAGCGACGCAACUCCAUGCCCCUACUCAAUGACCAGCAACCAGUGCCCGAGCGGCUGCGAAUCCGGGUGAACCGAAUCAGCAUGCAUGACUAUGAGGCACUUCACUACGACAAGGAGAAGCUCAAGGAAGCCUCUGUGCCCCUGGGGAUCAUUGUGGUUCCGGGAGAUAGUGACCUGGAGGUCUGUCGGACCCACAUAGAGAGGCUGCAGGAGGAUUUUCUUCCAUGCCCUUCUUCUUUACAGUGCCUGCUCCUUCAGGAAGGGGAUGGAGCCAAAUUAAAGACACUUUCAUCCCAGAAGCUGUCUCCUAAGUGGUGUUUCUUAGACUCAACUACAGCUGAUCGGUUUUACAGGAUAGACCGCGCACAGGAGCACCUCAACUACGUGACGGAGAUCUCCCAGGACGACCUCUUUGUGCUGGACCCGGAGCUGGUGAUCACCCAGACCGUGGGCACCUCGCCCGCCAUGCCUGACCUCGUUGACUCGUCCUCCACACCCACAGGGCACCAUUUUGCUUUCCCUUCCUCAUCCUCUCCACCCUCCUCACCAGCCCUCAGCUCAGAAGCAGGGGGCUGCCCCUGCCGUGAAGAUAACGCCUUGAUAGCUGCUGCCAAAAGUAAUGAUUUCCAGAAGUUCCGAGAGCUGCACCAGGCAGGAGGGGACCUGAUGAUGCGAGACUCCUCAGGUCAGACCGUGCUGCACCAUGCCGUCAAAUCGGGGAGCAAGGAGAUUGUCAAAUACAUCAUUGAGAAUGCCCCUGCAGAGAUCCUUGAUGCGACAGAAGAAGAGAAUGGCGAGACCAGCUUGCACCAGGCGGCUGCUCUGCGCCAGCGCACUAUCUGCCACUACAUUGUGGAGGCUGGGGCUUCGCUCAUGAAAACAGACCUGCAGGGAGACACCCCCAAGCACAGAGCCGAGAAGGCCAAUGACCCUGACCUGGCUGCCUACCUCGAAAAUCGACAGCACUACCAGAUGAUCCAGCGGGAGGAUCAGGAGACGGCUGUGUAG